AUGGAUGCCAACAUCCAACGUGCCCUUAAUGAUAAGCUCUACGACAAACGCAAGAUCGGGGCUCUGGAGCUUGAACGUGUAAUUAGAGAUCUCGUCAGUGUCAAGGACUAUCAGCGAGUCCAUGAUAUUCUGGAGCAGCUGUGUAAUGACUAUGCGUACGCUGUGCAUCAGCCUCAUGCUAGAAAUGGCGGUUUAAUAGGCCUCGCUGCCGCCGCUAUUGCGCUUGGUCCGGAACUACCGAGAUAUCUCGCCAAGAUUGUCCCCCCUGUCCUAGCAUGUUUCACCGACCAAGAUGCAAGAGUAAGGUAUUAUGCUUGCGAGGCCAUGUACAAUAUAGCCAAGGUUGCAAAGGGAGAAAUAUUGGUGUAUUUUAAUAGUAUCUUUGAUCAGCUUUGCAAGCUUGGGGCGGACUCGGAGCUGUCAGUCAAAAACGGAGCGGAACUGCUGGAUCGACUCGUAAAAGAUAUUGUAUCUGAGUCUGCUGCUUCAUAUGUCUCUAUCCUCGAGACACCGCCGGAGUUCGAUGGCGAUGACAAAGUGUCGCUAGGCGAGAACUCUCACUUGCCAACAGCGUUCUCCCUGCCUCGAUUUAUCCCACUCUUGAAAGAGCGCAUUUGGGUUAUUAAUCCUUUCACUCGGCAGUUCCUCGUGGGAUGGAUCACGUUACUCGAUUCUAUACCCGACCUGGAGCUUGUCACGUAUCUCCCGGACUUCCUUGGAGGUCUUCUCAAGUUCCUAUCUGACCAGAAUUCGGACGUGAGGGUUGCCACACAAACCUGCUUGGAUAAGUUUUUGAACGAGAUCAAGCGCAUUGCGCGUAUAAAGAAGGGCAUCUUGGAAAGCAAACGGUCUAAAGAGGGUGCCAAGCGGAAACGACAAGACUCAAUCGAUAGCGAAUCGAUAAACCCUGACUUUGAGGAAGGAGAUGAGCUCGACUCAGACGCCGCACUCGAUGAUGAUGACGAUAGUGGAGAGGAUUGGAUUCCCGGACAAGAUGUCGAGAUAAACUACAAGGAGAUUCUUCAGAUACUUACUGCCACGCUCGAUUCUCCGCUAGAGGAGGAUUGUCUCCUCGAGUCACUAAGAUGGGUUGUUGAAUUUCUAGAUAUUUGCCCUGAAGAAGUCCUUCCCUUUACGCCCAAGAUCCUCGCCCAUAUGCUUCCAGCUAUGGCCAGCACCAAAGAGACCAUCCAUCAAGCAGCAACCCGGGUCAACACAUGCCUGAUGGACUAUGUCGUUUCGCUCUCUGACGACUCGGAGUUGAGUCAACCGCCGCCUCCUGCUCAACCGCCUCAACACCUCUCAACCUCUCGACUGUCAGUUCCCGGAGAAAAGGGGCCCGAGGGCAACAACAGCAACAGAGCAUCCCCAUCAAGCUCCAGAGACCUCGAUCUCCGCAGUCCUACACCUGCUCAAGGCCGCUCAAUAUCGACUCCCGCUGAUAUCAAUGUUACGCAGACACAAGCUGAUCUGGACUACGCCGCCGCCGUCAACUCUCUGACUCUCCUCUUCCUCAACGAUCACGAAGCGACCCGGGUGGCGGCCUUGACGUGGCUUAUUAUGCUACACAGGAAAGCUCCCCGAAAGGUCCUCGCUUUCAACGAUGGCACGUUCCCAGCGUUGCUCAAGACAUUAUCCGAUCCCUCAGACGCCGUGGUUACCAAGGAUCUUCAACUUCUCUCGCAAAUCUCAAGGAAUACGGAGGACGACUACUUUGCAAAUUUCAUGGUCAAUCUCUUACAACUUUUCUCAACAGAUCGAAAGCUGCUUGAAACUCGAGGAAAUCUCAUUAUUCGGCAACUGUGUUUAAGCUUGAGCCCAGAGAGGAUUUACAGGACACUGGCAGACUGCAUCGAGAAAGAGGAAGACGUCGAAUUCGCAAGCAUAAUGGUGCAGAACCUCAAUAACAACCUGAUUACUGCUCCACAGCUAGCAGACGUUCGAAAAAGAUUACGAAACCUUGAAACAAAGGACGGUCAAACGCUAUUCGUGGCAUUGUUUCGAUCGUGGUGCUAUAAUGCUGUCGCUACCUUCUCGCUUUGCUUGCUCGCCCAAGCCUACGAGCAAGCUUAUAACUUGCUACAGAUCUUCGGCGAAUUGGACAUGACAGUCAACAUGCUCAUUCAAGUAGACAAACUCGUACAGCUUAUCGAGUCACCCGUCUUUACUUCCCGUCCAGACUUACGACUACAACUACUGGAACCUGAGAAGUACCCAUACUUAUACAAGUGCAUGUAUGGUAUCCUCAUGCUUCUACCGCAGUCCUCGGCAUUUGCCGCGCUGAAGAACAGACUCAAUAGCGUCAGCUCUAUAGGCUAUCUACAUGCGGCACCUCGAACGGCUCCUCCAGCUACAAGCAGCUCCAAUUUUGACAGACCCAAUCGACUCAAGAGCAGGGAAGAUGGGAACAUACGAUGGGUUGAGCUACUGGAAAAGUUCCGAAGUGUGCAGGAACGAGCUAGACGCGCGCAGCGUCAGAACAACAUGGAUGGUGACGAAAUACCACCAAUUGGGGUCAGUGAACUCCGCAUUGGCGAUGGAGCGGUAGACGUCAAAGGCAAGGAGACACGGGGUGUCGGCUUGCAAACGAUUCCCCAGAAAGAGCCAGCACCCGCUCCUCCAGUGCCGGCCAAAAGAAUUGGUUUGGGUAGGCAGUUUGGAAGGUUGGGUGGCGCCGUGGCAGGUAAAGGGCGGCGAAACCCAUAG